AUGAAGGGUCUCGCUCUCAUCGCUGGCUUGUUGGCCGGUUCAGCAUCUGCCCACAUGCAGAUGGCCAAGCCCUAUCCCAUUCGUAGUCCUCUCAACAAGGACUCCAAGGGCCAGAAGGACUACUCCUACACCAACCCGCUGCAGACCUCUGGCAGUGACUACCCUUGCAAGGGCUACGCGAAGGAUGACUUCGAUUCCCAGGCCACCUACAAGCAGGGCCAGAAGUACACCAUGGAGCUCGAGGGCAGUGCUACUCACGACGGUGGCUCUUGCCAGCUUGCUCUGACCUACGACCAGGGUGAGACCUUCAAGGUCAUCGAGUCGAUCCUGGGAGAUUGCCCUAUUGCUAAGAAGUAUGACUUCACAAUCCCCUCAGAUGCCCCCGACGGCGAGGCACUUCUGGCCUGGACCUGGUUCAACAAAGUCGGCAAUCGCGAGAUGUACAUGAACUGUGCCUUCGUCACCGUUGGAGGUGGCUCCAAGGGCAAGCAGGUUCCUGCUCAUCAUGCAAACAAGCACACCAUUGAGCAAGCCGACCACCCUAACCACCCUAAUCAUCCCAACCACCCACCCAUGAAGGAGAUGGAUGCCCCCGUGGCCGACAAGAUGCCCCACGAGGAGAAGCACAAGGAGAUGGUCCACGAACACGCUCAGCGUGACGUGUACGGAGCCAUGAAGACUACCAGCUUCAGCAGCCUCCCCGAGCUUUUUGUUGCCAACGUUGACCAGGCCGGCAAGUGUGUCACCAUUGAGGGCGAGGCUGUGAACUUCCCCAUGCCCGGAGACAACGUGGAGGGCAAGGCUAGCGGCAAGGGCUACAAGUGCUCCAGCAAGGCUCCUUUCCUCAGCAGUGAUUCCAGCUCCUCUGAUUCCUCUAGCUCAAAGGAUAGCAGCUCGAAGGACAGCGAGUCGAAGAGCAACGACACCAAGAGCAACAACUCCAAGAGCAACAACUCCAAGAAUGAUUCCAAGAGCUCCAACUCCACCCGCAGCACUACCACUACUGAGACCACCUCUCAGUCCAUGUCCAAGAUCGCUUCUGCCUUCGGAAACCCAUCUGCUGAUCCCCGUGUUCUGGCUGGACAGUCCAGUGAGUUGAAGGCGGCCUCCACUACAAACGCUUUCUCUUCUUACGUUGCUCGCUGGACCUGUACUUCCGGCGAGAUCCUCUGUGCUCCUGAUGGAAAUAGCUGGGCCAUGUGCUCCAACAGCCAGCCUGUCUACAUGGGUCUUGUCGCUGCUGGCACUGUCUGCCGCUUUGGCGCCAUUGUUCGCGCUCAGGGCUGGUAA